AUGCAAACAAAACCCAAGAGGUCCCAAGAGCGUUCGGGGGCUCCCGGACCCGGAAGUGACGUCAUCGUGGCGGAAGAAGGGAAAGGCGGAGCCGGCGUGGUGACGUCCUCCCAAGAUGGCGGGGAGAGAGUGAAGAAACAGUGUCCCCGGUUGGGUUGCUAUAGAACAAGGGUAAAAAUCCAUUCUGAUACCAAAAUGCAGUAUUCACACCACUGUGAGCACCUUUUAGAGAGACUGAACAAACAACGGGAAGCAGGUUUUCUCUGUGACUGCACCAUAGUGAUUGGGGAAUUCCAGUUUAAAGCUCAUCGGAAUGUGCUGGCCUCGUUUAGUGAGUAUUUCGGGGCAAUCUACAGAAGCACUUCUGAGAACAAUGUCUUUCUUGAUCAGAGUCAGGUGAAGGCGGAUGGAUUCAAGAAGCUGUUGGAGUUUAUAUACACAGGAACUUUAAACCUUGACAGUUGGAAUGUUAAAGAAAUUCAUCAGGCUGCUGACUAUCUCAAAGUGGAAGAGGUGGUCACUAAAUGUAAAAUAAAGAUGGAAGAUUUUGCUUUUAUUGCUAAUCCCUCUUCUACAGAGAUAUCUAGUAUUACUGGAAACAUUGAAUUGAAUCAACAGACUUGUCUUCUUACUCUACGAGAUUAUAACAGUCGGGAGAAAUCAGAAGUGUCUACAGAUUUAGUUCAGACAAAUCCUAAACAAGGGGCUUUAGCAAAGAAGUCAUCUCAAACUAAAAAGAAGAAGAAGUCCUUCAACUCGCAGAAAACAGGGCAGAGUAAAACAGUGCAAUAUCCCAGCAACCUUUUAGAGAAAACAUCUGUUGAAUUAUUUCUAGAUGCAAAUAAAUUGUCCACACCUGUAAUGGAACAGGUUGCACAAAGAAAUGAUAAUUCAGAACUUGAGUUGACAUCAGUUGUGGAAAAUACUUUUCCAGCACAAGAUAUUGUGCAAACUGUUCCAGUGAAACGGAAACGUGGAAAAUCACAGCCAAACUGUGCUCUGAAAGAACACUCUAUGUCCAAUAUAGCUAGUGUCAAGAACUCUUAUGAGCUGGAGAGCUCUGGGGAAGAGCUGGAUCAGAGGUACUCCAAGGCCAAGCCAAUGUGUAACACAUGUGGGAAAGUGUUUUCAGAAGCCAGCAGCUUGAGAAGGCACAUGAGAAUACAUAAAGGAGUCAAACCUUAUGUUUGCCAUUUGUGUGGAAAGGCAUUUACCCAGUGUAACCAGCUGAAAACACAUGUAAGGACUCAUACAGGUGAGAAGCCAUACAAAUGUGAUUUGUGUGAUAAAGGAUUUGCUCAGAAAUGCCAGCUCGUCUUCCAUAGUCGCAUGCAUCAUGGUGAGGAAAAACCCUAUAAAUGUGAUGUAUGCAAUUUACAAUUUGCAACUUCUAGCAAUCUCAAGAUUCAUGCAAGGAAGCAUAGUGGAGAGAAGCCAUAUGUCUGUGAUAGGUGUGGACAGAGGUUUGCCCAAGCCAGCACACUGACCUAUCAUGUUCGUAGGCAUACUGGAGAAAAGCCUUAUGUGUGUGAUACUUGUGGGAAGGCAUUUGCUGUCUCUAGUUCUCUUAUCACUCAUUCUCGAAAACAUACAGGUGAAAAACCAUACAUAUGUGGUAUUUGUGGGAAAAGUUUUAUUUCCUCAGGAGAGCUCAACAAACACUUUCGAUCCCAUACAGGAGAAAGACCAUUUAUCUGCGAAUUAUGUGGAAAUUCUUACACGGAUAUUAAAAAUUUAAAGAAGCACAAAACAAAAGUUCAUUCUGGGGCAGAUAAAAUUCUAGAUACUAGUAUAGAGGAUCAUCCAUUAAGUGAACAAGAUUCCAUACAAAAAAGCCCUUUGUCAGAAACUUUGGAUGUGAAGCCUUCUGAUAUGACUUUGCCACUAGCCCUUCCACUGGGGCCUGAGGACCACCACAUGCUUCUGCCGGUCACAGACAACCAGUCUCUGACAUCAGACACCCUGUUGAGGUCAACUGUGAAUGGGUAUUCAGAACCACAAUUGAUUUUUUUACAACAAUUGUACUGA